UAAUUAUACUGUUACAUUAUUAUUAAACAGAAAGUCAAUUGUUCUUUUAAUAAGCAUAACUGAAAUUAUUGGAUUGGCGAGCUCAGUUUUUCAGUUUAGGCCGCGCUGUGCGUGAGAACGCACUAUACCAUGAAGUUCAAUAUCAUACUGUUACUGAUUAUUUGUAUUUACGUGCAAAAUGUUAACUCCAUAUCCUUCACCGAUUUCAUAGCUACAAAGUUUACAGAAUUAGCGGAUUCAUUUGCUAAAUCGUUCGUGACUAUGACUGACAAACUGUCUUCAAUAUUUUUCACAAAGCGGAAGUGUCGUAGACCAAUGACUACUGUAAUGCAGAGAAAUGGCGGCCACGUCACAAAAAAAUACAUUCAGUGGAAGAAACCAAGCGCGGAGCAAGUUGAAAACGUGUACAUGACAACUCCUCAGCUGAUCACGUACCACCGCCGAAGAGUGGAGACCCACACCGUCACCACGACUGAUGGAUACUUCUUAACACUUCACAGGAUCCCUUCACCAGACAAGAUCAACUCAACCCAGCCUCUAAAAGAUCAAACGGUGCUGUUACACCAUGGACUACUUGGAAGCUCAGCGGACUGGAUACUCAAUGGCCCUAAUAAAUCCCUUGCGUACAUGUUAUCUGAUCUUGGCUGUGAUGUCUGGAUGGCCAAUGCUAGAGGAAAUUACUAUUCAAGAGGCCAUGUCUUCAAAAAGAGCUCACCAGCAUACUGGGACUUUACGUUUAAGGAGAUAGGACAGUACGAUUUAUCAUCUGAAAUCGAUUAUAUAUUUGGAAUUAAGAAAAAUUUAAAGAAAAUCAACUUAAUAGGACAUUCUAUGGGAGCUUCCGCUAUAUUGGUAUUACUUUCGAAUGUUCCUAAGUACAACGAUCUUAUAAGGAUGGCGAUACUGAUAGGUCCUUUGGCACACAUGACGAAUAUCCAUGGAUCCAUAAAAUGGCUAACGGCCCUAAGUUUGCAUUCUUCUGAUCAAAUAAUACAUAACAUUUUUGGCCGUGGAGAAUUUUUACCAGCCACUAAACUACCUAAAUGGCUUGUAAAGUAUAACAACUGCAAUGAAUCUGACGAGAUGUGUUCAAACCCAUUAUUCUUUUUGACUGGGCGACCCAGAAGUUAUGAGUUUGAAUCUGAUAAAAAAUUGCAACAGCGUAUAUUGCAUCAUGCGCCUGCUAGUGGGUCUACACGUACUAUUGUACAUUAUACGCAAUGUGCUCAAGCUGGCAAGUUUAAAGAUUUCGGAAGUAAAGGUAAAGAUUUUAACCUAGGAAAAAUCACAUCAUCACUAGCAAUAAUAAGUUCAACGGAUGAUUGGGUGUCAACAAUCUCAGACGCUCAAUCUAUACUGGCUAAGGUAAAACACCCCAUGGUCCAUCAUAUUAUACACAAUCGGAACAUAACUCAUUCAGAAUUAAUAUGGGGUUCUAGCGCCGUAAACACUACAUUUACAAAAGUGAUUAGUAUAUUGAUAAAUGGCUUGAUAUAUGAUAAUUACAAGAAAAAUAAAGUGCCACAAAACACUCCAAAAACAAUAAAUAACUAUAGAAAUGUUUCUAACAUCAAGAAUAUUUCAAAUCAAAACAUUUCCAAUAUUUUAAAUCGUGCAAACAGCUACGUCCCCCGAGUACCUGUAGUAGUAUCUAAAACAUCUACAGGUGUGAAAAUGACUAAUAAUAGUAAUGCAAAAAAUCUGAUCGUUGACAUUGAUAUGAAUUCUAAAAAGAAAAAUGAAGUAUUUGUCAGAUAUGAUGUUGUAGAGUCAGGUAACGCAACAUCUCCAAAAUCAACUGGAGUGAGCAGUGACACAAAAGCCAAUACUACACUAGACAAAGUUAGCAGUCCUGUCACUGCUACUACAACUGUAGAAAAAAGUGUUAAUACAUCAAACGGGACGAUUAAAUAUAAUAAAGAUGCAACAGAAAUAAAUAAUACAAAAUCUCUACUUGAUUCUAACACAACUGAUAUAAAUGAAAUAUUGACUGCCGAUGACCUACUGAAAAAUGAUUCAGUAAUACAAGAUGUUCAUAACGAUCUAAAUGAAUUAACGAACACUACUAUAAACGAUCAAUCUAAAAUGAUGCCUAUUAAUUUAACAUCUACCAUAGUAUCGACUAUAAAAGCUACAUAAUCUAAGCAAAUAUUAUUUUGUACCCAUAUUAUUUAUACCUAUGUUAUAAAUUUUUACUAAUUAAUCUAUGUAAUACCUGUACCAUGAAAUCGUAAUGUAAUUUUGUAUUA